AUGCCGAUCCACAAGUCUUCCGCUAUCCGCCUCCUUCAGAGCUCAACUGCCAGAGCCCCGCCGCUGAACGUCCUCACGACCCCUCUACCGCCCCUCAUUUCGCACCGCAUCGCAGCCAAACUCCAAGCCAGCACCAUGUCUGUGUCGACGGCCUCCGAGGCCGAGAUCAAGCGCAACCCGCACCCCGACUUCAAAAAGGUCGAGGCCUCGCGCCCCGACUGGGACACGAAUGCCUCGUUCCACUACACCAAGACGGCCGAGCCCGAGUGGAAGUUUGGCGGCGGCGCCAACAAGCUGCACGAUGGCGCAAACGCAAAGCACGUCAACAUUGACCCGUACGAGCCCGGUCGCCCGGCGCCCUUCAACUACAAGCUGCUCAUUUCGAGCAUCGUGCCGCGCCCGAUUGGAUUCGUGAGCACCACCAGCCCCGACGGCACCGUCUCGAAUCUGGCGCCGUUUAGCUACUUCAACAUGGUGAACCACGACCCGCCGCUGUUUGUGCUCGGGUUCGCCAGCGGCAUUGAGCGGCCCAAGGACACGCUCAAGAACCUGCUCGAGAGCAAAGAGUGCACCGUCAACAUCAUCAGCGAAGGGUUUGUCGAGGCGGCCAACGCGACCAGCGUCGACGCCCCCUACGGCGCCAGCGAGUGGGACGUGAGCGGGCUGACCCCCGUGCGGGACUGCCGCGACGUCAAGGCCGCCCGCGUCGGCGAGGCCGUCUUCUCCGUCGAGUGCCGCCUUGAGAGCGUGCGCGAGUUCGAGAGCCGCGCCACGCCCGGCAAGAAGACGGGCUGCCUGGUCGUGCUCGAGGGCACAAACUUUUGGGUCCGCGAGGACGCCGUCAAUGAGGAGCGCAACCUGGUCGACCCCUCCAUCCUGCGGCCCAUUAGCAGGCUCGGCGGCAUUACAUAUGGCAGACUGACCGAGGCCAUGGAGAUUCCACGGCCCGUGUUUGAAAAGGACGUAGGCGGACAGGAGGGAUACGAGAAACUCAAGAAGGCUCAGCAGUAG